AUGAGUACUAGUAUGGAUAACCUGAGUCUACAGUCUUUGCCACCAGAGAUCGUGUUCGUUACGUUCUCAGGAGGACUUCUGGUGCUUGCCGCUUGGGUAGUGGCUAGCUUCGUCUACCGCACCUUUAUCGCAAAUGCUCGUCCAACAUAUAAGGGAUUCCCUAUGGUGGGGAUGGAUGAGAAGGCAAAGACGCCGUGGCAACUGAGAGUCAAGUUCCUGCACCAUGGAAAAGAGUUAGUAUGGGAUAAUGUAGCAAAGUUGAAUAUGCCUUUCCAACUCGAGACCACGACUGGGCCGACCAUCAUCCUGCCUCCUCGGUAUAUGGACGAAGUCCGUAACGACGAUCGCAUGACCUUUGCCAAAGCUCUACAGGAAGACUUUUUCACUACUUACCCAGGAUUCGAAGGGUUUCGCCCUGCUAGCCACGAUAACAUCUUCACAACCUCGGUGCGCAAGGGCCUGAACCAGUCCAUCAACAGAGUCACGGAAAUAGUGAGCCGAGAAGUGGACGCGCUGAGGGAGCAGAUGUGGCCCGUCAAUGACGAGUGGACGACGACCACUUUUGCAUCAGACGCCAGAUGGCUUAUUGCAAGACUCUCUGCGCGCACGUUCGUCCCCGAGCCUCUGUGUCACAGCCAGGAAUGGCUCGAUCUCAACAUCAAUUACCCUGUCAACUACUUUACUGGCACUUUCAUGAUGAGAAUGGUGCCCGACCUCUUCCGCCCCGUGGUCCAUUGGUUCUUGCCAGUGUGCAGACAGCUGAGGAGAGACGUCGCGGCAGCCGCUCGGAUCCUCAAGCCUGAAGUCGAACGCCGUCGUCGGGCCAGAGCCCAGGGCACUGCCGAUAGCGGAAAUCCAAAGGACUCACCCGACGCAUUCCAAUGGAUGGAGAACACUGCAAAUGAGAGAAUAGACACUUAUAACUACAUCCACGGCCAGCUUGCCUACACCCUUGGGGCGGUUCAUACCACUUCAGGGACCUUUGUCCACGUUGUCUAUGACCUGGUCAACCACCCGGAGUAUAUUGGGGAUCUACGGGAAGAAAUUGCAUCGGUCUGGAAACCAGGCGAGACCAUAACCAAGAAUACCUUGCAGAAACUCAAGUUACUGGACAGCUUCAUGAAGGAGAGUCAAAGAACGAACCCGGUGGCUUGGAUGACUACACACCGCAAGGUACACAAGGAUAUCACCUUGUCCGACGGAACUGUGCUCCCAACAGGAGCCAUGGUCGGCAUACCACUCUGUGACCUGUGGAAUGAAGAGAAAUGGGAAAAUCCCAUGGAAUUCGACGGUCAUCGCUUCUACAAGAUGCGCCAACAGCUUGGAGAGGAAACCAAGCAUCAGUUUGUCUCCACGAGCAACGAGAUGAUCAAUUUCGGCCACGGAAAAUAUGCAUGUCCCGGACGGUUCUUCGCCGCCAAUGAGAUCAAAAUCGGGCUUGUCAACAUGCUCAUGUACUACGAUAUCAGGGCUCUCCCUGGAGGCGCCGCUCCUUUAGCUUUGGAGCACGGUAUUGUAAGGUCGCCAAAUCCAGAGUGGAAAAUCCAGUAUAGAUGCAGGCAGACCUGA